CCGAUCGGACAUUUUAACACGAAAAAAGUUAAAUCAACUGAAUAAAAAAGUGAGGAUGGCAGUUUGGGACAAAAAGAUUAUCUGGGGCUUCAUGUUGCUGCUGGCUGGUGCUGUGGGUCAGAGUGUGAACUAUCCACAUCCUGUUUGUGCCAUGAAAGGAUCGACUGUCACGCUCCCCUGCACCUUUAAAACACUGGAGCCUGUCACUGAAAAUGGAAAAGAAGUUCUGAUAAAGAUCAACAGAGUAGUCUGGUGCCCAAACCAUGCGGUUUGUCAUGGCAGCACUCCGUCUGUGUACGACAGCGAAUCAGACAACAACGACCCUCGUUACAGAUACCUGGGUGACAAGAAGGGAAACUGCACUUUACAGAUCACCAAUUUACAGGAGGAGGACAACGCAACUUUUCGCUUCAGGGUGGAAACUAAUCAUGCCAAAGCAACUUUUACUGGACCACCAGGAGUGAAAGUCACAGUCAGUGAUUCUGAAAUGAAGAUAAAGAGCUCCUCGACUGAGACAGAGAUGAGAGAGGGUGAAUCAGUCACACUGCGCUGCACAGCAGAGUGCACUUUCCACCAGCUGGAGGUCACCUGGUUCAGAGAUGGCUCCGCCCUCCCAGAGACUGGCCCCGCCCUCAAGCUUGACCCUCUGACUGCAAAGGAUUCUGGGAACUACACCUGUUGUCUGAGGAACAACAGCUUCACACUCUCCCAGCCGUACAGCCUGAAUGUGGAGGCUGAAGGAACAACUAGUGCUGCAGUUGACACAAUGCUGGCUAUACGUCUGGUUCUCUUUGUUCUGCACACUGUGCUCAUCAUCAUCGUGGCAUCCAUCAUCAUCAAAAGGACAUGUGUUUGCAGGAAAGCAGCAGCAGAGAUCUGAAAGACUUGACGGCGCAGGUGAAUCAGUGACGUUCACAUCAAAUAAACACCAUUUUCUGUUAUUCUGUCUUUAUGGAGGGUCUCUGAGUGUUCGGCCUACCUUUCUUCGCUUCCUGAAUUAAAAACAACUGAUGAUGGAAAACAGAUUGUUUCUCUUUCACCUCUUUAUCUGAAAAGAAAUGUUCCUGUUUGAGUGGGCAGUUUGUCUAAUGAGAGCAGGCUACUGUAAAAGGUGUCUUAUGAGAUGUCUUAUGAGUAAAGCUGCACACAAACAGGAACCUGCCUCCUGUCACAGGCAGUGUUGCCAACUUAGCAACUUUGUCGCUAUAUUUAGCGACUUUUCAGACCCCUCUAGCGACUCUUUUUCAA